GCUCGUUAGUUCUGGACGUGAGUACUGCUCGUUUCGCUAUUUACCGGGUUGUACUGAAAAAUUCGAAAGCUCCACGUAUUGGACUAUGCGUUAAAUGUGUGUUCCGCGGACUGUGCUUAAAAUAUUAAUAGUUCCAAUGGGGGUCGAAUUGUAACAUCAUGAACGCUACCUAGUGUGGGGUACAAUGUUUAUCGAUAAAAUGUGGUUAGUGUUGUUACUUCCCGCCCUAGCGGCGGCACUAUCAUCAACCGAUUCCGAUUCGUGUAACCCGGAUAAGAUGACAGUGUAUAAGAUGGUGUUACACACUUAUUGGACAAGAGAGAAAUUUCCGAAACAUUAUCCGGACUGGCGGCCACCUGCUCAAUGGUCACGUGUUUAUGGGGUAUCCCAUAGCCGGUCAUACGUCUUAUUCCACUUGGGCAGACGGGUAUCACCAGCCAUUAAGCAGUUUGCUGAGACUGGCAGAUUAGACAGUCUGGGAUCUAGUCCUGGUACUCUGGAUGUCUUCGGCGCACCGGCUAUUGGUCAGGGUUCAGGCCGGAGUGAGUCUGAGUUCUUCGUCGACGGUAAUCAUUCUCGGGUAUCAGUGAUGGCCAGAAUGAUACCGUCCCCUGAUUGGUUUAUCGGUGUGGAUAGUUUUGAUCUGUGCGUCGACGGAAACUGGCUGGACAGCAUUACAAUUGAGGUUGACCCACUGGAUGCGGGCACAGACAACGGUUUCACAUUCACAGCACCGAACUGGCCGACGGCACCGCAAGGUGUGGCGUAUCGGAUCACGUCCCGCUACCCCUCCCAUCCCGCGGGAUCAUUCUUCUACCCGCAUUUGAGAAGACUACCGCCUAUAGCCACGUUUCAAUUCAUAAAACUGCGAGAAUACGAACUCUCCGAAGUGUUUCAUCGCGAUAGUGAUGACCGUAAAUACGACGUUCUUCAAUUGGAUAAGCUAAACCACAAUAACAUAGAUGUGUUGGACGGCAAUCGGGCUCUCUCUAUAGCUGAAGAGGUAGAGAGAAAUGAAGCACCCAGGAUCUACUCUGAAGGUUCCAUGACAACGCCAGAUGGUGCAUAUUCUUAUUAUUCAAUAAUGAACAACACGUCCUCAACUGAGGAGCCAAGAUCAGCAAAUGAGGUACCGACAUCCGGGCCUACUGCCAGCGAGCGGUCAGCUUUACGCAGCUUAGCGAGAAGAUAUAGGGCACGUCGCCGCCGCAAGCUACGAGCUGAUAAUACGGAUCCAGCAGAAAGGAGGAAGAGAAAAAGAGCUAGGUUGCUGGAUUGUCGAGUGUCUGACUGGGGACAGUGGAGUCCGUGUCGUAGUGACGGUGGCUGCGUGGGCUCGGCCCUACGUACCAGAAGAAUAAUAAGACGACAACGACCCGGCGGGAAUCCUUGCCCGCCAACAACGCAAUCCAGGUGGUGCGCAACCAACUGCACGGAGGCACACCCGCAGGAGGACUGGCAAAAUAACCUUACGUAAUUCCCCACUGUUCCAUUUUUAAAUUUAUUUUUUAAUCCCUUUUGUAAGUGGCCAGUUCUAUUUGCUUUUUACUUUCUACCUGCGUUCGCAUCUGUACUGUCCGUCCAAAGAUAAUUUUAUUUCUAUUCCAAAUUUGAGUUGUUUUUUCAUGGAGUGUAAAAAUAUUAAAAUCACUGUAUAAUAAAUAUAAGAGAUGACUGUCGAUGUUCUGUGUAAACUUUGUCGCUGUAUCUAUGAGAGCUUUUGCUGUUACUUUCGUUUCACAUGUUAAUAAAUAGGUUAAGUUGACAUAAUCAUAUAUAUUAUGUAAGGAAUCCUCAUGUUACCCACCACAGUCUUUCAUAAUUAUUUUUUCAUGAAAUUUAAACUCUAUAUUGAUAAAGUGUACUAUUAUUAAAUAUGGACUACUCAAAUACUAUUUCGCUUGGUACAAAUUAAAAUUACCUAUACUCGUAAAAUUAUAUAGCAAAUCUGUUUCCUUUAAGGCGCACUGCACUAGAUUUUAUACCUAAUAGUAUUAACUACAAGCAGAUGUGUUACUUUCAAUUACCUAUGCUAGACAUUAGAUGGUAAGUGUUGCUAUAUGAAAGAAAAAGAACCUCGUUUGCCUUUUCAUAAUUAGAAAUAGCUAGGAUCAGCGACGUCAAUAUUCCGCAAAUGGUUAGUCAAUUAGUAUUUUGAUAGUUGUCUUAAAAUAAAAUACAUAUCGCUUAUCUCCUUUGUGACAGUAUUUCAAUAAAAUUGUAGUUGUUUAUAAGUGGGGAUUUACUAGCAAAUGUCAGAAUGAAUUGCAGAUUUUCGGUGAAAUAUGUCAAGUAUCGCAUAGCAAAUAUCCAUAUUUGCAUUUUUAUUUUCAGAAAUAAUCCGUCAAACUAAAUAUACAAUAAGUUCAAUGGAUGGUUGAAAUGUUUGAUAAGCGUUUUUGUUGAUGGACAAAUUUUGUUGAUUUUGGUGAAUCUAAAUCCAAUAUAUUUUUUAUACGGGCGUCAAGCUUAGAGCUCUAAUACAAUAUCGUAGUUACGUGAGCGACUGUCAACCUUGGUUAUUCUAUCGUAUGCACAAAGAUCGCUAGAAGGAAAAUUUAUGAGAUACUCUGCAUGUCUUAUAUUUCUUGCAACAAAAAAGUAUUAUCAAUGUAUUAACCCCUAAUUCAUAUUUUUAAAAAAUUGAAAAUAUUUUCAUGUGAUUUGAAUACAUUUAAGUUUUAUUUUGAGUUUUUAUCGCAAAGAAAAGAACAAGUGUUUAAUUGGCAAUCGCAAAGCACAUCCACUUUUACAUCACAAAGCUAAAUAAUAAAUUGUGAAAUUUAGCAGAAAGUAAACCGAAUACAAUGAAUACUAAGCAGAACUUUCAAGUACUUUGUUAGUUUAGCCCCUACAUUAGCGUAAAAUACUCCAAAGAUGCAGCUUUUAUUUUUAAUACAUUUAAAUGUUAAGUAGAUAAGUUUAUAUCUAGAGUAAGUUACAAAUUACAAAGCCUUCUGUAAAAUAUAUUUAGAUUCUGAAAAGUGGUUGCAGUUUAAAUAGAAAAUGUUACAUAGGUCUUGUGUCAAAUAAAUCAAUUAUUGAACUCAUAUAACCCGACAUUUCUAAUAUUGUUUUUGUGACCCGUGUGAACGUAGCAACUAGUUCAAACACUUCGUUUGUUCCAAAUGCAGACAACUUCACUACGGUCAUGCAGUUCUAGUACAUAUUUAUAUUUCAAAUAUACAUUUAUGCCAAAGAUAUUAGGACGUAGAUCAUCAUCAGGUUUAAAAUUGAUUGAGUAUUUAUUUAAAUAAACGAUUGUUUUUAAAGUAUCAACAUCAUCUAGAGCCAAAAAUUGUUAAAACUAGUGUAAUUAUU